UGGCUUCUGCUGAGGAUGCUAAUUACCCAUUGUUGGAAUGCAGAAUCUCACUUAGUUUGUGAGUGCACUCUCAUCCGCUUCAUUAAUGGAUGAUGAAGAGGUGUCUGAAGGGAAAAGAGAGCAUUUGAGAGAGAGCAAUAGAGAGAGAAUGAGAGUUGGAGAGACUAAGAUUAGGAUUCUCAUCAGUUUUCCAAUGUAUACUUUGAUCCCAUAGUAUUUGAACACCUCAGGGUUGAUACGGUUUCCAUGAAUAAGAUCCAGAGCUAGAAACUUGCACCAGGAAAUGCUAUGGAUAUCCUCAGCGCUGUAGAUUUCUCCUUCACAUAGCAUUUUGAGUGGAUCACUUCAACGUUUUUGAACUUCCAAACUCUUCUUCCUGUAAGUGGCUGUCAGCGGCCGUGAGUGGAAGGAGCUCAGAUUGAUACAGGGUGACAGGAAAAGACAUCAGAAGAUGGGGGCACCUGGCGGGCCAGUUCGGGGUGGGUUUAGCUCUACGACAUCCUCCCUAGACCUCGUUGGCUGGAUGGUCUGGCCUGGGAAUACCACCGUGAGCCUGAGCCAGAGCCUCUUCACGAUUGACUACAGCUUUAAUCUCUCCUCCUCUUCUUCAUUCUCUCCUCAUGGGGUUGAAAAGGAGUCAAUGAAGGAGAAGAACUGGCCAGCCCUGCUGAUUCUUGUGAUUAUCUUUCUGACGAUAGGAGGAAAUAUUUUGGUUAUUUUGGCCGUGUCGCUGGAGAAGAAGCUGCAAAACGCAACAAACUUCUUCCUGCGAUCACUUGCAGUGGCGGACAUGCUGGUUGGCAUCUUGGUCAUGCCUAUCUCGCUCAUUAACAUCUUAUAUGAUUAUGCCUGGCCAUUGCCAAGUGCUCUUUGUCCUAUUUGGAUAUAUCUGGAUGUGCUUUUCUCUACUGCUUCCAUCAUGCACCUGUGUGCCAUUUCCCUCGACCGCUACGUGGCCAUACGCAAUCCAAUCGAGCACAGUCGGUUCAACUCCCGCACCAAGGCCAUGCUGAAGAUCGCUGCAGUUUGGACUAUUUCAAUAGGUAUCUCAAUGCCUAUCCCAGUGAUCGGACUCCAUAACAGAGAAAAGGUCUUGAAAAAUGGCAACUGUGCUCUGAAUGAGGAACACUUCAUACUGGUUGGUUCUUUUGUUGCCUUCUUCAUUCCUCUGGUCAUCAUGGUGGUCACGUAUUGUCUCACCGUCCAAGCGCUUCAGCGUCAGGCCACAGUCUUCCUCUACGAGGGCAAAGCCUCUUCUCAACAGCCUUUGCAACCUCCAGUUCCACCUACUUCCCAGUUGGCCCCACCGCCGGCAUCCCGUCGCAGCAGCCUGAACUGUCUACAGAUCAGCAACAGCGAUGGAAACAUGCUCGGACUGACCGUGCCCCCAGACACCAUCUCAAUAAUCCCAAGUUCAGAAGCCCCAUCUCAGAUGAAUUCGCCCGCUGGACGGGACCCAGCCGGAACCCAUGGGCGGCGAGGCAUGAUGCAGGCCAUCAAGAACGAGCGGCGAGCAUCCAAAGUGUUGGGUGUAGUGUUCUUCCUCUUCCUCAUCAUGUGGUGUCCCUUUUUCAUCACUAACGUUCUGUAUGUCCUCUGCCAUAAAGCCUGUAAUGAGCCUGUGCUAACAGAACUGCUCAAUGUUUUCGUUUGGGUGGGCUACAUCUCAUCAGGGGUCAAUCCUUUAGUGUACACUUUGUUUAACAAGACCUACCGAAGGGCAUUUUCAAGUUACAUGCACUGCCAGUAUAGUCAGGUGGGUCUUAAACCCAUCACUAUAAACGCUCCUUGUCCAUCCCAUGCGGUAGUCACACCCAUCCUGAUCUGCGAAAAAGUUUCCAUUGACCGGAACAGUAACUGCCGGAAUGGGGACGGCAAUGGAAUCCGAAAUCUGGAGCCCCACGACAUGGACAUUGACCCCGGACUGGAGCUGAAACCGGGAAUAUCAGAGCUGUCUAUCAGCAGCGGUCACAGCCACACAGAACACACCAGCAGUGUCUGAAAACUAGCUUUUAGUGUGACAUGGAAAACAGGACCGAGCUACACGUGAUGUUUAGGAGAUGUCGACUGUCUACGCAACCUCAGCUGUAUCACAGCAUAGAAUGUAUGCUGAGUUAGCUACAGAAACAAUAAUCUGACCAAGGUCAGAAAAGGGAGAGGGAAUGUAAUGUGUGUGAUUGUGUGUUUGUGUUAACAGGUUCAGAUUUUUGAAUGCCAUUAAGUCCUGCAUGAGCACCCAGUCUCUUACUAAAGCAGCAUAGGAGACUGCAGUUCACGCAAAUAUUCGACAGAUAGAGUCAUAGCAUCCUCUUGUGGUCAGUUGAAUAAUUACAACAACAAAAAAAAUGUAAAGCCAAAAAAAGAGUUACUGUGUCAUCCAAGCUAGUUGCAUUACAAUAUGGAUGAAGCUAUGCUGCUUAAUACACUUGCAAGUCAGAUCAUUGUUUGUGUAACUUGUAAACAUCUCCAAUAUGAUAUGAUGAAUCUUUUGAGUUGCAGUAAUCCAGUAACACAGUUAGAGGUUGCAUCUUAUUUGCUGGAGGAAAUGACUGCAGAACAACAGUUUUCUUCAAACCACUUUUUAAAGUGACCUAGAAAACUGGACCAAACAGAACAAUGGUGUGAAGGUCAUACUUAACAUAAAACUUAUGCUAAGACAUAACAAAUGCGGUAUGAGUUUUGGUCAAGUCCAAACCGCUUCUCAAGGAUUUUUUUUUUUCAACAGGUAUUGAAGGAAUUAACCUCUAGCUCUGGGGAACAUGCUCUCCUGUGAAUGUAAGGUUGGGAAUCAGGUGGUCAUGACAGAGUGAGAGAAGAAGCAAAAUUGCACAACAGACAAGAGUACUAAAACCAUUUACUUUAUAUGGACGAACUGUCCAUGGCAACAAAUGUUGGUCUGUAAGACCAAAAAUGUUAAUUUGAGGAUGUCUAGGAACCUAUGAUGUAUAAAGCUGUAAAUUCUUGCUGUUUUCUGUGUAGACUCUAGAAUUUCUCCUGUAUCACCUUCCCUUGUUCAAACUCUCAUUUUUAUACCAUAGCCUGUGAAUGUUUUACCAAAUCCAUUUUUUGUUAAAAAAACAAACAAACAAACCAUCAUCC